AUGACCUCAAAUAUAUUUGCGCGACGUGAAGGUCAUGAUACAAGUCUAGUGGACUUCGAAUACUACCACUAUGAACCGAAUCUCGCCGCCGCGAUCAUCUUUACCGUAGUAUUCUUCGUCCUGACAGCAUGGCAUUCCUUCCAGAUGAUCCGAACGCGAACAUGGUUCUUCGUUCCGUUCGUCCUGGGCGUUCUCAUGGAAGCAGUUGGUUACGUUGGACGCACUGUCUCGGCGACGCAGGAAAAUGGGGAGUGGACUCUUGGGCCGUAUCUGAUCCAAACCCUGUUCGUCCUCGUGGCGCCGGCUUUCCUGGCGGCUUCGAUCUAUAUGGAACUCGGGCGGAUUGUCCUGAUGGUUGAUGGAGAAUCCCACCUGUUCGUUCGUCGGACGUGGAUGACGAAAAUCUUCGUGACGGGAGAUGUCCUGUCUUUUUGCAUGCAAGGCGCCGGAGGCGGGCUCCUCGCCGUAGCUGACACACAAAAGAGCGUGGACGCCGGCAGCAAUAUCAUCGUCGGCGGCUUGUUCAUCCAGAUCAUCUUCUUUGGGCUCUUCGUCAUCGCCGGCGCUCUCUUCCAUUUCCGACUGCGGAAAGUCCCCACUCAGCUCGCCCACGUUAUGCCAUGGCAGAAGCACAUGGGCGCCCUGUACGCCACGAGCCUCCUCAUCUUCGUUCGAUCGAUCUUCCGUGUGAUCGAGUAUUUGCAGGGGUUUAACGGGUAUCUGUUGUCGAAGGAGGUGUACCUCUACGUCUUCGAUUCGUUGCUCAUUGCGGCGGCAGUGGUUGUUAUGAACUUGAUACAUCCUUCAGAAAUUGGUCGGUUACUCAAGGGAGGUGGUGGUUCGCGCAUCCAGCUGGAUCCCAUGGCAUAA